GCCACACUAUCAUAUUGUUUUGAAACAUUUUGAGUUUGUUUUUUCCGGUCAAAAUGUUUAAGAAACUUAAGCCUGGUGAAACUGAGGAAGAUGUCCUGCGGAUGGCAGCUGAAUUUAAUGCGGAGAGGGCCAAAGAUCCCAAUUUCCAGCCGGCAGCGGCAUUUGUGCGGAUGGAUAAAGCUCCAAAGAAAUCCAUGUUUGCCCAGAAACGCGAGCAGGCCAAAUUGGGUCGUGUUACAUCGGUUGCACAAACAAAGCAGGAAGAUAUUUUACCGGCUGCUAAGGAAAUCCCAGAGAUUGCAACAAGUGUCGCCACGGCAAGUGAACGAACUCAUGUCAACCAAGUUCUGCUCGAUGAAAUCCAGGAAAACAUUCUGGGCGAUGUGAAGGGCAGUAGAAUGGAUCCCAGUUCCCUGGGCAAUGUACUGGGUGAACUGGUUGAAAGAACUGGAGGAACCACAAGAUCUGCUCUUCAGAAUACCAAACAGGCCAACACCAGCAAGCCCCUUAGUAUUUUUGCCAAACAACUAUUGAAAGCUAGUUCACCAGCUCCCGAAAUAUUUAAGAGCCAGUCUGAUUUACCAAGAAAUGAAGGGAGUUCCAUAAUAAAGGAUGCCAAGCUGGGCAAGGAACUACACCAAGAAAACCUAAAUGUGCUUAACCAAAUGAGCGAACAGGAGAUUUUGGCAGAGAAAGAAAGGUUGAUGGCUUCUUUGGAUCCCUCGCUGAUUGCUUUGCUGUCCAAAAAACGGCAAACCAGUAAGAAUUCGUCGGAAAAGAAGACAUCUCCUAAGAUAAUUGAGGCACCACCACAGCCACCAAUGCCCUCAAAAUCCCAAAACCCACCAAUUUCCUCCCUACCCGAUUCAAAUCCAGCUCUGGAGCUUUUGCAGCAGAGCGAUAAAGGAAAUUGGGUUAAUUUUAAUCUCGUGGAGGAUCACAAAUUAGCCUGGAUGAGGGAUAUUCCCGCCAAGCUAAGUGAAUUGAAGCCAGGAGAGCAGUUCAAUGCUCGAUUCGAUUGGAAAGGUGUGCUUCUGCCCCACACGCUUAAGGACCAGGACUCUUCAACUCAACUGGACGAGCGAGAACUUUAUUUACAUGGCGAGGAGGCAGAUCGUCCUGGCUAUGCACUUCAAGAGCUGUUUCGAUUGGCAAGAUCCACUGUCUUACAGCAAAGACUCUCCGCUUUCGGGGCCAUUGCGGGAAUCUUCAGUAUUUACAACCAGGGUUUCUAUGAUCAAGUGCUGUCUUUGCCAAUAUCGAAAAUAUUCUUUCUACUGCGCUACGGGCUCGAUGACAACGCCCCCGCUCAGCUGGAAGUUGUGAGCCGAGCUCUGGCAAACCUAUUCUAUAAUGAAACGGAUGAAGUUCUCCUUGAUCAUAUUCAGGAUAAUGCCUACUGUCAUUGGCAGCCAACACUGCAGGUUUUGGGGAAUGGCAGUGAUGACAAAGAAGGAGGUACAGAUACUAAUUCCAUAGCCUUCCUACAACGCUACAUGAAGCUACUGACCACUAGUCAAUCUGUUCGAGCGGAUGUGGAUGAAGACGAAUCGCAGAGUCGAAUGUCCAUGGACGACUUUCAACUAGCUGAAACAGAUCUCAUGGACUGUUUGCUCAGAACAAAUAUAUUGCAAAGGAUUCGAUUUAUCUUGGACUCUGUAAAGCCAGAUAAUAGCACAGUUGAGUCCUGCCUGAAAUUACUAAUAAGGAUCGCUCGCACAAGUACCAAAGUGGCUAGACAGUUGGCGAAUGACAGCUAUUUAAUAGAAGUCCUCUUCCAAAAUUUCUUACCCUCUUCGAAUGGAAGCAAUCAGUUUUAUGGACAGCCGCAAAUUCUCUUCCUAAAACUGAUUCGGGUGCUGGUUUGCCAACAUCUGGAUAUAGCCAAGAGUCUUUCUAAAGGAGUUCUUAUUGUGCGGCUCCAGCAAUACCUGUUCCUUCAGGAUAAUAAGAUCCAGAUGGUUCGCGUUCAGAUCGAGUCACUGCGCAUCCUGCGCUGUCUACUGCUCCUGGGAAUUGUGGAUCGGGAUCUAUUCAGGCAGUUCCUGCCCGCGCUUCGUCAGCUACUGGAUUGGCAUGGCAAUCACUGUGUUUUUGAUGGGGUGGGCGGAUCGGGGCUGGUGCGUCAACACGCAGCCGCCCUGUUGGUCGCACUGGUGGCCAGUGGCGAGAGCGGAGCAUGCGACGCCGAGGGGCAAAAGCUGCUCUUGGAGCCGCUCAACAAUUGUUGCUGCGCCUGGCUACAUUCUGCCACCCGUGUUGAAAAGAUCAAAGAUUUUAGUCAGAUGACGCUGCUGAGUGCUGCCCUAUAUGCCGUAUGCUGGUUUUCCCAAAAUUGCUACUUGGGGACCAGCAGUUUUCAGACCUUCCUGCGCAGCAUCCUUCCGAAAUUCGUGCAGUCCAGCGGGUUCAUAGCCAGUGUACAUGACCUAGUAAAGGGCUCCGUCGUGCUGAAACACCCUAUUGAUAGACGCCAUGUGCACGCGGCGUUGCCUAAUGUGGGCGCAGUGCUGAUGCACGACUAUGGGCCGCAGCUGAUAGUCAGUGAGACGUAUCCGGUGAAUCUGUUGAGUAACCUUUGGGCCCUCCUAGCUGUGCCGCUGGAGAGCGGCGAGAAGCCAUUGUUCGCGGCGCUUAUGCAACCGCCGGUGCUUGAACCUCUGGCCGAGUAUCUGCGCCAGCUGGGCUCCCAGUUGAAUCGCGUCCUGGCCACCAACUUCUUUGCCCGCAGCGAGCUGAGGUUCAUUCACCAGCUGCUCACCACGGACGGCAUGGAGACCUACUUGGAGCGCCAGCUGCUGCUGCAGUUGGUCUACAACUAUCUCUGCUGCUUGUCCACCGCUCAUGCCACCCAGAUCAAGAGCACCUUCGAGCGGUUCAUCUUUAAUGCAGAGUUCGUCGAGUUGGACGAAGCGAGCCUGAAGCUGCUGCAACAAUCCUGCCUGGAAAUGGUCUAUCCACACAUAAUAGCUGACAACUCCGAGCCGUCGCUAUCCUUGAGCUACACCCAAGCGCCCAUCCUGCCCGCCGACUGGCCCUUUUUCCAGCUGCGUCUUAUCCUCAACAAUUACUUGCAAAAUGUGCAGCAGCGCCCGGCGGCAAUAUACUCAGAAAAUCAAGUGGUCCGCAUGACAUUGACUUUCGUGCGGCAACUGGAACGAGAGGGCCUGCAGAUUGUUAGCCCGCUGGAGAAGCUCAUGUAUCUGAUGAUUGCUUUUAUGGGCCCCGACUCACAGUUCUUGGUACCGGAUUUGCAUGAGCUGCUGCGCGACUGUCUGAUGGAUUUCUACAGGCAGAAUGCCAGCCAUGACUUUGACUUUGAUGUGGAGUUGGCCGAUAAGGGCAGAUUCGAGCCGCUUUACUAUCUCUUUGUCGAACACUUCGAGGCGGCCAGCUAUGGCGAUGAGCUUUUCAGUUCCCUGCUGCUGUUGCCAUUGGCCCAAAAGUAUGAUAACAAGUGGCGAAGGCGUCUUUGGUCCGAGCACGUGCAGGCUGUGCGUUUUAUAAACUGCGAUGAAAAGUUGUUGAUGGGUGGCUUGUCUGCAUACUUGGAACCCGUGGAAGAGGAGCCUUCGCUGGUGAAACUGUAUGGCGAUGCAUUGGAGCAAAAGAUGGUGCGUCCUGGGAGUAUUGCCUAUCGGAUAGCUCAGCACCACUUUAAUCACUCGACAUCGCUGCAUAAAGCCAAAUUGUUUUGAUUAUCUAAACAUUAAUUGUCGAUAGUAGCUCUUCAGGGGCUGUGGUGGUGAAACUGCGAUAAAGCUAUUUAAUUUCGGAAUCCAAAGUCUUUUCCAUGUGACAAUGUUCUAUUUUUAAGAUGACUUCUAAAGUGCUACCUUGGAAAAAGAUAAUGUAUGAAUUGAUUUCUUUUGAGUAGUUAAGAAAGAAAUGUAUUCCAACAUUUAAAUAAGCUAUAUUUUAAAGCUUAGUAAUAGUAUAACCCUUUCAUAUGUUAAAUUCCGAAACAGUUUCAGCUCAUGUGUGAGGUAAAUACUGGGAAUUCCCUCAGAUCAGAUACGCAGAGCGUAUGUCAUUACUGUGUUGCACUUUGACAAGUUUGGCCCUGGAUAGGUUAGGCGAGUAAUUAGUUCUGCGGUGUAUCUUGGUUAUAUGAUUCCUCGAUUGUGUAACGGUGCGUUUGGGCUAAUUACGUUGGGAAAGCGUAAACUGCCUGUGGCAGGCUGUCGGCUGCAGAGCAUUUCGCUAUCGACCUCAAUUAAUUAACAUCAUUUGACUUAUUGACACAUGGGCCACGAGAACUUGCCUCCUCCUUGCGACUAUCGCAAUCGUAAGCUUUGACGGCUGAUAAAAUAUAUGUAAUUAAAAUGAACACAAUUGAGGGGCCAGUGCUAAUUAAAUCAUUUGAUCUAAGUACUCGUGCAUGUUGGUUUUUUGUUUCUUUCAUAUAUGCCUUGGGCAGUGUUUCAUCCUCACUUGGUGACAAGUCACGGGGCUUUCGCUUGACACAUGGCGUAUGCGCAACAUUGGGCCUCAUAACUUAACUUUCGCAUGAUUUAUGCCCAUCGAUGUUCUUCAUAACACCGCGAGGCGCCAGCCUAUGAAUGUGUGGGUGAUAAUUGCUUUUAAAUGGACGCUAAUUAUUUGAUAACUACGGGGUGUUAGCGCCGGCGGUAAAUAUUUGCUAAGGCCCCAUAAACUUAACCAAUGCUAAUCUGUUAAGUCAACUGAAAUUAUAUUUCGAUCGAAUGGCCUAUUAAUAGCCAGUCCCAACUUGAUUGCCACUUGAGAAUUUUAAAUUGAUAUAGAAAGUGGUGCAUAAGUUUAUAAAUUCAAAGCUAAUUGCAUUCUUAUCAUGGAAUCCUUGACAGUUAAUAAUAGGGGUGCUUUAAAAGGGGUUGUAUUUUUAAUGUCCUUGUAUUUUUUGAGAACUCUUCAAAGUUCUUUACAACUUUUUCAAGAUUAUUAAAAUGCACAUAAAUACCUUAACUUCAUUUUUAGAAUUGCUUUUCUUUGCACAGCAAAAUCAAUAAGUAGGGCAAUGUUUUUGUUUUAUAAGGCGCCAAGGACUUCCAGAGUUACAUUUGCCCACUUGGAGGGUUGUAGGCCCAAUUCCCAGGUAUUUGUAUAUGUUCAUUUGCCGGUAUCCGGAGUCGCCCCUUAUCUGUGAUAAAAACAUUCGAAAUUCUAGAUAACGAGCUCCCAUUUAUUGGCGGCCCUCGAUAUGACUGUGCUCGCCAGUUAAUAAAAACCUAUUGGCCUCCGUUGGUGAUCACCACGUCCAAAUAUUUGCAUGGCAUGCACUUGACAAAGAAACCGGUUUUGAUAAUACCCUCCUCUUGGGAUUCCCCAAUUGUCAACCAGCUCCUUUGCAAAAUAUUUGCCCUCUUCUCUGCCAGCUGAGCGAAGGUGUGCAAAAAAGUCAUAGAAUACUUAGGUAUCUGACUCUUGUAUUUGCCAACAGCUGGUAAAUAUUUGUAAGAUGUCGUGGUGAAAAAACAACUGUCAAUUUUGACUUUUUAAGACUUCCUUUAAAUAAGCUGGGGAUUUCUUUAUCAAAAUGUUUAAAGGGAUGAUAAUAACUUAAAUUUAUGUAGUACAUUAAUUUCUAUAAUAAUUUAUUAAUAUUUUAAAUUAUAAAAAAAAUUUUAACACAUUUUUAAAGGUGAA